AUGCUAGGGGGUGUGAGGCUUAAAAUUUCGUUUACACACGAAAAAACAUGCUUCGCGUAUAUAAGUCCAAAGUACAGCACAAACAAUGAACAGUCACAAUCCAUCCAACUCCUGUACAAAGACAAGCAGUUGUACCUGUGGGUGGUGUUCAACAGCAGCAUCCCCGAGGGCCAGAUAGCCUGCAACCCCAUACACAGCAGACUGCUUGGCUUGGACGAGGGUGCGGAUGUGUUUGUAUCACCGUAUGGUGAUGUCAAGGUGUUGGAUGAGUUGUUUGUUGACACAGAUAGUCCGGAUGAUCAGGAGAUAUUGGAGCACAAUGUAGAACUAUUACAAAUGAAAAUCCUGGAUCAACUCAGAUUGGUAGUAGUAAACCAAAAAGCCAUAGUUUGGAUAUCACCUUCCUUACCAAUCGUCUUCAUGCCGAAGCAAACUGGUCUCCUAGUCAAUUCAAGCAAAAUAAUAGUUAAAGUUGAUGCAUUCAAUAGUUACCAUGGCCUACAGCACACACCCACCACAGUGCCUAAAGAAAGCAAAUUUAAAAACAUAGGACUUAUAAAUGAGGCAAUGCUUCGUCCAUACCUAAAUGCUCCCAAACGGUUGGUUCUAAGAGCAGUCCCUAUAGACAGUGACGGUAAAAAGUUUUUAAUACAUCCUUACACUGUUUUCAUCCAUGAAGAUUUCAUAGAUGAAAAAUAUAGGAAUAUGACCGUAAUUCUUGCAACAAUGAAGCAAAUACCUUCGAUAUUAACAGAUGAUGACACUGACGGACAAAAUAAUAACAAUAUCAAUGAAUUGUGUGUAGAAAUUAUACAGAUUGAUAAUGUGGUGUACAGAAGCUUGUGUAGGGACGUUUAUAAUAAAAAUAUUCCAACGGUGCUGAUACCUAAAUCAUUGAAUGCUAUUAUUAAUGUGGAGAAUGGGAAGAGAAUAAUGUUUACAAUUAUCGGAGACACUUUAGAACAACCAGAUCAUAUAGAUGUAGUGACGUAUUCGGACCAAAUACAGUCAGAGAUGGAUGUUAUAGAGAAAUUCAAGAAUUGUGUAAUAGAGCAUACUCAUUCUGGAAAAAAGUUUUUAAUAAACAAUGGAAUGGUGAAGCAGAAUUUGGAGAUUACGCAUGGGUUCCUCCAAUUUAAACUUAAGCCAGACAAGUUAAAGUAUACAAUGCUUAAUUCGGAAUCGUUUAGGCAAUGUACGAUCGCAGCUAAAUGCUUGACCGAUAGUGAUUUAGUGCUACCUAAACCAGUAGUUUCUAAUUUGGAUUAUGAUUACAAGAAUUAUUGUAGGACAAUCAAAAGUAUGGAGGGGUUAGUUAAGAAGGUUGUAUCUAAUAUUUAUUUUGAGUUACACAGAGAGGCGACGUUCAAAGGUGUUUCAGAGAUCAAAAGCAAUGUUUUGGUUACCGGUCUCAGCGGCACAGGAAAAUCCGCACUCUGCCACAUAGUCCAAAAGGAACUAACAGUCUGGUCUCACAUACUACACUGUCGCUCGUUGAAGGGUCGCAAGGACCUCCCAGAAGUGUUGGGCAAGGCGAUCCUGAUGUGCCAGGAACAUAGUCCCGCGGUGCUGGUGUGUGAUGACGUGGACUCUCUAGUUCCUCCCAAUAUGGAGGGCGCGUCGCCGCCGGACAUUGCUUAUUAUCAAAGGCUAGCGGUAGUGAUAAAGCAUUUACUGCAAACGUGUUCAGGUGUGUGCGUGCUGAUGACGUCACUCAGCAUGAAGGCCUUGCAUCCUACCUUGAGGCAGUUCAGCGGGAAACCAUUGUUCACGUCGCAUUUCGAUAUACCUGAUAUUGAACAGGAUGAAAGAGCGGAGUUAUUCAAACAUUUGCUACAUGACAAAAUCCGUCAAGAGUUCGAAGUGGAAGACGAUGACGUCAUCAAGUUGGCAAUGGAUACGGCCGGCUGUACCAUUAGAGAUAUCACCGACUAUCUCAAUAAGAAGAUAUUCAAGGCAGUGAAAAAGAAAAAAGCAAACCCCGAUGAUCCCAAGCCCCGUCUGGUGGAGGACAUUACCAAGGACGAGGAGAAAGCCAACGCGUUCGACAUCUGGGGUCCCGUGGGAGGUCUGGAGGAGGUCAAACAGGAGCUGACCGAGUGCAUAUUCUGGCCCAUUAUGUACCCAGCCCUCUUCCCGUCGCAGUCCUGCGGGAUACUCCUAUACGGCCCUCCUGGAACGGGAAAGUCCCACAUCGGCUCCUGCCUGGCCCGUCUACACAACAUGCACAUGAUCACCGUGAAGGGACCGGAGUUGCUCUCCAAGUACAUAGGACAGAGCGAGAAAGCUGUCAGAGAUGUGUUUGACAAGGCCGACAUGAAGCGUCCAUGCAUCCUGUUCUUCGACGAGUUCGACAGUCUCGCGCCCAAACGCGGGCACGACUCGACUGGAGUGACUGACCGGGUCGUGAACCAGCUGUUGGCGCGGCUGGACGGCGCGGAGGGCGGAGCGCGGGGGCCGGUGGUGGCGGCCACCUCGCGCCCCGACCUCAUCGACCCCGCGCUGCUGCGGGCGGGCCGGCUGCAGCGGCACGUGUACUGCGCGCUGCCUGAUGCGCGAGGUCGCUACCAAGUCCUGCAAACGUUAACCAAGAGUGUCAUAGUAGAUGAGGAAGUGGAUCUGCAGGAAUUAGCUGAGCUGACCGAGGGUUACUCCCCCGCGGAUCUGAAGUCGUUGCUGGUCACCGCGCAGCUCACCAGGCUUGAGAGACAACUGGUGACAAGUGAAGACAAAAACAUGGAGUCCGUGGUUGUGUUUGUGGAGGACAUCCGGAGUGCCUUAGAGGAGACCAAGCCCUCGCUGUCCAGAGAGCAGAGACUCUUCUAUGAUGUCAUAUACAAAAGGUUCCGAGGCGAAAGUCUUACGUCUGAACAGAGGAUUGUGACCAGCGAACUGCAGAAGCAAAGAGUUACGCUAGCAUAAACAUGUUACAUUACAAUCAAACCAAAGAAAAUUAAUUGAAAAUUAUUUAAAUAAUUACUAUAAUGAAAUGAGUUCGAUUCCUAGACCGAGUCAGUAAAAAUAUAAAUAUUAUCGAAAAACUAUAAUGAUUUCUUAAGUUUACGCAAAUGUUAGACAUUUAAAUUAAACUAUUUUACGAAUUUUACGUAUCAUCAUGGUCAUGGGGGGGAACGGAAAUGAAUGAAGGCUGCAAAGUCUUCGAAACGUCGAGAGAAAAGUAAAAUAUUAAAACCGCGAUAAAAUUCGUAAAAUAGUUUAAUUUAAAUAUUUAAAAACUAAUUUAUCCAGGAUUUAAAUUUAUAUGCAAUAUGGCUAAGGGGCCGUGCAAGUAUUACGUAACGCAAUUUGGGGGAGAGCGGGGGUCUUCUAAAAUGUUACGAUGUGUAACAAGGGCGGGAGAGGGGUCUCAUACAAAGCGUUAUGUGCCAUUGUUUUUUAUUUUAAAACAACAAUAAAGGUAUUUUUAUCGAUUUUCCGGUAUUUAGCGUAAAAUAAUUGUGAAUAUUAAAAAAAAAAUGUUACUUUAGAGUUACAUAACUUUUGAAGGGGGGUACAGGAAAACGUUUAAAAAACUCUUCUAAAACUGCGUUACGUAAUACUAGAACGGCCCCUAACAUCUAUCACAUCAUGGGACGGAAAUAAUUACUGCUAAUGUAGCACUAUUGUCGCCUUUAUCUAAGCCUUUCGAAAAUAAUAAAGCUUGUUUUGUUCCUUUGUUUAAUUCUGUCUACCCUUUUGAGGCAUGCGUGAUAAUGUUACGGUUAGUGUAAGCAAGCUUAUGCAAUAAGAUGCUGUGAUUAUAUAUAAUAAUAUUGGUGCAUUGUUUGUAUGUUGGUAGUACUGUAAGCGCACACGCUGUACUUAAUGUUAUGUAUAUUAUGUUGGUAUUGCUAUAUUUAUUUUGAUGUAUAAUAAAUGAGUUUUAUUGAUGUGUU